AUCCCCUAGCCUUCUUCUCAAAAUAAGCAAAUAAACCCUCUCGACAUUGUAUUUAUCAAAAUAUACCAAAAAAAGAACGUGUACAUUUUUAGCAAAUCCAUCCAUAAACACUUUCAUAUACACGACCACGAAACCUUUAUUGGAUUUAUGACUUUAUUUAGCCGUUUCCUUAUAAAACUGCAUUGAGAAAGAGAGAGACAGAGAGAGAGAGGAAGAAGAGAGGGAGAGAGAAAGAGUAUGAAGCAUUUGGGUGUAGCUUUCUUUGUUCUUCUUUUGAUUCAAAACUAUGGGAUUUUCCUGCAUGUAGAAGCAGAUAAUGGGUUUGUGAAAACCAAAGGAGUGCAGCUUAUAUUGAAUGGGAGCCCCUACUAUGCAAAUGGAUUUAAUGCCUACUGGAUGAUGUAUGUGGCCUCCGACUCAUCUCAGAGAGACAAAGUUUCAUCUGCCUUUCAAGACGCUACAAAACAUGGUCUUAGAAUUGCAAGAACUUGGGCUUUCAGUGAUGGAGGAUAUAGACCUCUGCAGGACUCUCCUGGCUCCUACAAUGAACAAAUGUUCCAGGGGUUGGAUUUUGUAAUAUCUGAAGCUAAAAAAUAUGAUAUUAAGGUAGUGUUGAGUUUGGUGAAUAACUAUGAGAACUUUGGAGGAAAGAAACAGUAUGUGGACUGGGCAAAAGGUCAGGGCCAAUCUGUAACAUCUGAGGAUGAUUUCUUCACCAACUCUGUAGUGAAGGGGUACUACAAGAACCAUAUCAAGACUGUUCUUACAAGGCGUAAUAGCCUUACUGGAAUUGCUUACAAAGAUGAUCCAACCAUAAUGGCAUGGGAGCUUAUGAAUGAACCCAGGUGCCCUUCAGAUAAAUCAGGAAAGACCAUUCAGGCCUGGAUUACAGAGAUGGCAUCCUACCUGAAAUCCAUAGAUAGAAAUCACUUACUAGAAGUUGGUCUGGAAGGGUUUUAUGGAGCAUCAAAGCAGCCAUCAAAUCCUAAUUUUCAAGUAGGAACAGAUUUCAUCACAAAUAAUCAAAUCCCUGGCAUCGACUUUGCCACAGUUCAUGCAUACCCUGAUCAAUGGUUGCCUGGCUCUAGUGAUGAAGACCAACUCUCAUUUUUGAAUAGUUGGCUUAAUGAUCAUAUACAAGAUGCACAGAAAAUCCUUCACAAACCAAUUCUAGUUGCAGAGUUUGGAAAGUCUUUGAAGUUAUCUAAUAAUACACAAAGGACUAAGCUUUUCAAGACAGUUUACUCAACAAUCUAUUCAUCUGCAAGUGGUGGAGGUGCAGCCGUUGGCGGCUCGUUCUGGCAACUUCUUGCUGCAGGACUGGACAAUUUCCGAGAUGGGUAUGAAAUAAUCCUCAGUGAGAACCCCUCAAUAGCUAGUGUGAUUGCUCAGGAGUCUCAAAAGCUUGGUAGGCUUAGAAAGAUGUAUGCUAGGCUGAGAAACAUUGAGAAGUGGAAGAGAGCAAGAGAGAUUAAAAGCAGGGGCAAUAAUAAUGGAAAUUGAGCGAAGAGAAUCCCAACAAUAUUAAGAGUAGUUACAGAUUACCCACAUUAUAAGCUGUGUACUGGAAAUGUAUGACUUUUAGGAGGUGAAUUAUAUGUUACAGAUGAUAUUUUUUCAUCCAGGAGAGUAGGAUUGGAAAAAGAGUAAAGAGAUUUACACCAAUGUAUUAGGCUGAGUGUCUAAUAUUUUUAGUUUUAACAUCACCCAGGACUGGAGUUGUGGAUUUCCAGUAAAAAUAAAUAAAAGGCAAAUUAUACUUUUAGU